UGGAGGAGGAAGAAACAGAUCAGAAACAGCUAAAGUGAAAGAUAGUUGAAUCUCAAGAUGCUGGAGUGGACCAAUUUGAGUGCCUGUAUUUUCCUUGCUGUUUCUCUGCUACAGUGGACUUCUACAAAGGCUAUUCUUUCAGAGGCUUCGACAGGGGUAGGACAGUCAUUUGACUCCACCAUUGUUUUGGACGCAAGUUCACGUUCAGUAUCCAGCGAAGAGAAGUCAGCGACAGAUUUGGCAGCGAAGCUUUUACUUCUGGAUGAGUUGGUCUCUUUGGAAAAUGAUGUGAUUGAGCCCAAGAAAAAAAGGAGCUUUCCAGGUUUUGGUACUCCUCUUGACAGGAUUUCAGUAGGUUCCACAGAAUUAAAGGCUAAACAGAGGAAAGUUGUCAACCUUCCUAAAAGAAGAUUUGGUAUUCCCCUUGACCGGAUUGGCAUGAAUCGCAUGACUAAUACCAGAGGCUAAGAGUUGUAACUUGUAUGUACACCCUGGAUGAUAUAUGAUACAUCUCAGUUGCGACCAAAACACUUCUGAUGCUUCAGAGACCUUCUGCUGUUGAUUUAUGUUUCAAUGUUUAAUGAAUUGUCCAUCUAUAAAUCUAUUUCACUUUCCCUGCCGAAACAAUAAGAGAUUCAAUCCAUCAGAUCACAACUUUUACAGCCAGGGUGUAUCUGGUCAGAUCACAGGGUAAAAGUGUGUAUACUGCACUGCAUAAAAUCAUACUUUUUAGAUGAGAAACUACGCAAACAUGCUUUGCUAUCAUUACUUUAUUAGGAGUUAAUGCAGGAAUUUCACACUGAUAAUUAACUCACUGAUAAUUUAGUAUAAUUGGGUAUUUUUAAUAUACCUCCAGGCACCACACCAAACUACCUGGCUCAUCUAUGCUGGGUUUGUAAAAUGUAUUUAAGACCUAUAUUAUUGAGCAAUUAGUUCAAUUAUGACUUUAAAUAAUGACAUUGUAUUAUGAGCUGAAAUUAACAUGGCUGCUAGAAAGCAAAUGUUGCUCUCAAUAAAAAUUCUCACUAGUGAUAUCUAUUAUAUUAGUUUAAUAUACCCACCACAAAGACAAAUCUUUGUGGACUUUUUUUGUCCUCUUAUUCUGUCCCAUAACAAUUUCAACACAAAAAUUCAAGGUAAAAAUAUUAUAAAACACAAAAAUAGGUAUACAUGAGCUUCAUCAGUUAAUAUGAAUUCUACUAAAAGUCAUUAGACCAGGGGUAUACAUGAGCUUCAUCAGUUAAUAUGAAUUCUACUAAAAGUCAUUAGACCAGGGGUAUACAUGAGCUCCAUUAGUUAAUAUGAAUUCUACUAAAUGUCAUUAGACCAGGGGUAUACAUGAGCUCCAUUAGUUAAUAUGAAUUCUUCUAAGAGUCAUUAGAACUGGGGUUCAUCCAUCAGUUAAUAUGAAUUCUAUGAAGAGCAAUUAGACCUGUUAUAUACAUGAACUCCAUCAGUUAAUAUGAAUUAUACAGAUAACCAUUAGACUUUGGAUAUACAUGAGCUCCAACAGUUAAUAUGAAUUUUACCAAGAUUUAUUAGACAUGGGGUAUACAGUAUAUUAGAUUCAUCAUUUAAUAUGAAUUUCAAAGAAAGUCAUUAGACCUAGGGUAUAUAUUAGCUUUGUCAGUUAAUAGGAAUUCUGACGAAAGUGAUUAGACUUGGGAUAUACAUGAGUUCCAUCAGUUAAUAUGAAUUCUACCGAGACUCAUUAGAUGUGGGGUAUAUAUUAGCUUUAUCAGUUAAUAUAAAUUCUACUGAGAGUCAUUUGAGAUGGGGCAUAUAUUAGCUCCAUCAGUUAAUAUGAAUUCUACAGAGAGUCAUUAAACCUGGGAUAUACACGAGUUCCAUCAGUUAAUAUGAAUUUUACUGAGAGUCAUUAAACCUGGUAUAUACAUGAGCUUUAUCCGUUAAUAUGAAUUUUACUGAGAGCAAAUUGACUUUGGAAUACUUGAGUUUCAUCCGUUAAUAUGAAUUCUACUGAGAGCCAAUUGACCUGGGUAUACAUGAGUUCCAUCCGUUAAAAUUAAUUCUACUGAGAGCCAUUUGAUCUGGGGUAUAUGUGAACACUAACAGUGAAAAUUGUAUUUGACCUGUUUAAAAUGUUCCUAAAAUAUUUAUUAUUGUCAUGAAUUUGAUGGAUUUACUGAAAAAUGUUGAGUGACACUGUAGAUUUAUCAGUAUAAUACAACCUUGUGUUCUGUUUAUACACUAUUAAAUGGUUAUUAAUAUAGCAAUAAGAAAAUGUUCUAUUACCUUAGAGCAUUUUCUUAGAGCAAUAUUGUUUGCUUGUAUCCAUGUGUUUAAAAAGGGUUAAAUACAUAACCAAUGCCAUCUCCAGACUAGUGAUACACUAACAAUACACAUACUGUAUGUAUACUUGCUGCCAGUCACCAGAUGUGUUUUGCUAGGUCCCAGUAGUGCUUUGCUGCUUCAGAGCUAACUUUAACUAUGUUUGUAACCCCUUUGCAGGAUAGAAACAAAACAGAGCAUUGGCAUUAAUUCAUUAAAUAUUUAGAUAACUAUCUAUUGAGACAGCUCCUUUGAAUCUCUAUUUAGAGUUUUCUGCGCUGUAUUAACAAAUAUGUUCCAUUAAAGGAACAUAAUACUCAUAUGCUAAAUCACUUGAAAGUGAUGCAGCAUAACUGUAAAAAGCUGACAGGAAAGUAUCACCUGAGAAUCUCUUUGUAAAAAAGAAAGAUAUUUUACCUCACAAUUUUCUCAGCUCACCAGAGUAAGUGUUCUGUAAAAAGUUAUCUUUCAGCUACUGCCCAUCUGCGGGUAAAAAAAAAAAGGAAGGAAGAAAUGAACAGCAGCCAUUAUGCAUCAGCAGUGCUGUGGUCAUGAACUCUUUUACUAUGAUCUCAUGAGAUUUCAUAGUAAACUUCCUUAAACUGAAUAGGGAAAUAAGAUGAGUGUGCAUGAAGCACGCUCCCUUGUCUGUCCCGGGACAGGUAUACUGAUUUGUUGCUUAAAGUCCUUCACAAUGGGGUGGGAAUACUUAGGGCAUUUUAAAGUAAAAUAUCUUCCUUUUUUACAUAGAGAUAAUCAGCUUUUUACAGCUAUGCUGCAUCACUUUGAAGUGUUUCAACAUUUGGGUAUCAUUACCCUUUAAAUAGCAUUGCAAUAGCAGCGAUGUCUCUUUUUAGUUUAGUUAUCUUUUAGGUCAGGGUGUGUUCUUAUUAAACCACAGGGGAAGACAAAUAAAUAAAUAUUGAUUUUUUUUUCCAAAUUGGGCUAAACACAGUGCAAAAAUAAAGUAAUAACUAACCCUGAAUAUCCCCAGAGUAAUAAACAGUGUCGCUUAAUCUCUAGGAACAAUGUCUUAAAACAGAAUGCAAAUCAAUUUAAUUUGGAGCAUAAGUAAACCGUAUACAAAAUAUUAUUCCACCUUAUCUCUCUAAAAAGGUAGACUUUAGUCAAUUUAAACUUCAUUCGAGUAACUUGAUAAUGUGGAAGUUUUUUUAGGAACCAUUCUAGUGAGCCAAAAUGAUAUGAUCAUGAUCUGUGGUACUCUCAUGCAAGUACUAAUAUAGAA